AUGUCUCAGCCAGCCUUGAACAAGAUCGCGCCCAACAGCCCAUCGCGGGCCAAGCCAAAUGAGAUCGAGAGCAACAUUGCUACCGCUCUCUACGAGCUCGAGACCAACAUUCCCGACAUGAAGGCCGCUCUCCGCCCAUUGCAGUUCGUCUCUGCCCGUGAGAUCGAGGUCGGCCAUGGUCGCAAGGCAAUUGUCAUCUUCGUCCCAGUUCCUCUCCUCCAGGGCUGGCACCGUUCGCAGCAGCGCCUCACCCGUGAGCUCGAGAAGAAGUUCUCGGACCGCCACGUCAUCAUCGUCGCCUCGCGCCGCAUUCUCCCUCGUCCAAAGCGCAGCAACCGCUCCCGCACUUCUCAGACCCAGAAGCGUCCACGUAGCCGUACCCUCACUGCCGUCCACGACGCUAUCCUCGCCGACCUCGUCUACCCAGUCGAGAUCGUCGGUAAGCGUCUGCGCACCAAGGAGGAUGGAAGCAAGAUCCUCAAGGUCAUCCUCGACGAGAAGGAGCGUGGUGGUGUCGACUACCGUCUUGACACUUACUCUGAGGUCUACAAGCGUCUGACUGGCAAGGGUGUCAACUUCGAGUUCCCAGCUUCGCAGGCCGACUUUGCUUAG